GAAUUGGUUGUGGAGAAGUUCUCCUAGGGAACUCUCAAACGAAGGUAGGAAGGAUAAGGCAGAUUUGGGACGUUUGGUACGCGGGUUUGAAACCUGUCAAAAUUUAAUUCAGGAGCCCAGUUUAACUUCGAGCCAGCUUCCUGACACGAAGAUUGACCCGAAUUCGGAACGCGCGCUUAUGCAAGCGCGAAUUGGAUUGAACGUCGACAGGUACACUUUGCGUGAGGCUGGGUCACGUCGUGUCGGGUGGGCAACGUUUCCUUCGCGCGCACAUCGCCUGCGAGCCAGCCAAGUCUGGAGCCCUCUACUCCCUCAUCUCUCCCCGCCCCCCCCCCCCGCGCCACCCCUCGCAUGCCGUGCCACCUGUCGCCGCGAUGGCCGCUGCCGCCCCGCCACCUGCUGCAGCCGCUGCUGGUCGCCCGGGCCGUGCUGGGUGCGUCGCGAGGGAUCGCGCAUGUCGCACCCGAUUCCGACCGCGCGAGCUGCUGCCCGAGCGGGCCUAGCGCGGCGGACGGCGAGGGACGGGGGGAAGGGGGCGAGGGAGGGGAGCGGACAGGUGAAAGGGCUGAGGGGGUGAGGGGAAGGGGGGAGCAGGGACGGGGGAGUAUGGAACAAGGACGAGACGAGGAUGCGAGUGGGGGAGGGACGGCAGCAGCGGGAGGAAGUGGCGAAGGGCAUUACGGCGGACGGCGCUCCGAGGGCCAUCUGGAGGAGCACUUCCCUCACUCCUUCGCCGCGAAUGGCGCAGAGCCUUCCGAGGCCCACCCACCGCGUUACACACCCGCCGGGUUACCACACGUGGUGCAGGAGGGCGGGCUGCAGCAGCUGCUGCAGCGAGUGGGGCUGUGGCCCGCCGCCAUGGCACCACAGCACCGCCUUCCGCCGGGCUUCCCCCCUCCGCUCCAGUCUGCACGCCUUGGGGAUACUCGCACUCAUCCAGGUGUGGGCGUGGGUGUGGCGGUGUCAGGCGGUGUGGACAGCAUGGCGCUCGCCCUCACUGCCGCGCACAUGCUGCACACAGGCCGGCACGGCAGGCAGCAGCAGCAGCAGCAGCAGGUGGAUGAGGAGGAGGAGUGUGGGGAUGAGGAGGGCGGUGGGGGGGUGCGAGUGGUGGCGAUGGUGGUGGACCACGCGCUGCGAGCCGGCAGCGCGCACGACGCCAAGCGAGCCGUGGACUUGCUCUCGCAACUAGGGCUGCAUGCUGUGCUGCUCACGUGCCGCUGGCCGCACGGGCCGCCCCCUGUGAGCCGCAUGCAGCAGGAGGCCAGGGCGCAGAGGUACGCGCUGCUGCAGUGGGAGUGUGUGCAGCGCGGGCUGGCGGUGCUGAUGACGGCGCACCAUGCCGACGACCAGGCGGAGCUGCUGCUCCUGCGCCUCUCUCGCUGCAGCGGCCUCGACGGACUCGCCUGCAUGCCGCUGCUCUCCUCCCUCCCGCCCUCGCCCCCCCCACUGCCGCCCUGCCUCGCACACUUGCAUGCACGCAGCGCCACUGGUAGCAUCACUGGCAGCAGCGGCAGAAGCAGCAGCGCUUGUUUGGAGAGUCCCGUUGGCGACAUUGGCGACGGGCGCAGCAACGAGGGCAUUGUGGUGGUGCGGCCAUUCCUGGGUGUGCGCAAGCAGCAGCUGGUGCAGCUGUGCCGCGCCCACGGGCAGGCAUGGAUCGAGGACCCCUCCAACGCGUCCUCGCUCUUCCUGCGCAACCGCAUCCGCCAUGCCCUCACUGCCCUCCCCCACCACGACGCCAGCGCUCUGCUCGCCGCGGCCCACAGCACCAUCUCGCUGGCAGCCACCCUGCGGUCGCACCGUCUCGCAGCAGCCCACCGCCUUCUUGCUGCCGCUCUGCUCCCCGCCUCAGUCAGUGCCUCUCUCCCCGCCCCUUCCACCCACUCCCUCCCCGUGCUCCUAGCCCGCUGCUGCUGUGUCGUCCACCACUUGUUCUUCCCCCUGCCCCACGCAUCUAUGCCUGCAACACCUUGCCUGCCGUUGGCUGUGCCUCAGGCAGUCACAAUGCUGUAGCGUUUCCCCUGCUGUGUGCUACCUGGGAGGCAAGGCGAUCGUGUGAUGCCAUGAGCGGCGGCGCAUGUGUGUAGUGGCAGGGCAAUGGAGUGCGUGUGAGCAUUGCAGAGCUGCUGGGGGCGCAUUGGCCACACGACACUCGCCUGCAUGCACUCUCGCUGCUGCUGCAGCACGUUGCCCAGCGGCCGUACCCCCCGCGCACUCGUGGCGUGCGCGCGCUUCUCCACCGCUUGCACCUCUAUCUCACGACAUCGUCCAGGGGGGGGUACUCCGUUGGGGGCUGCACCGUCGCACCCGAGGCAGGGUCACGAGGCACAGUGGCGUGCAUAGCCCGAAAUGCUCAAGGGGGGGGGUGCUGACGCCAGAUCCCCAUGAUGUAGUGUGCAGGCGCUGUGUGGUGCCGGUGCAGUAUGCACCUGCUGCACCACCACCAUACUGCUCCGGCUAUAGUCCAGUACCUGCUAUGAAGAUCCCUCCGCUGCUGCACCAAGGGGCGUUACUAGGGUAUUAUAUCGUGCACGCUCACAUUGGCAACCAUCGCGGCUCCUCGUACUGGUGUAUAUACAUGUCUAGACAUGUGUGAUUCUCUCCUGCGCUUGCGGGUUGUGUCUGGUGAUAGAAUCGUACUUCAACAUUUCUGUAAGUAGUUCCGAUAGAUAUUGUUGAGUUAUACUAUACCUGGCAUCCGUAGAAUGACGUCAGCAAAUAGCGCUCGUCUGGAUGAUUAUGCCAGCCGGCAGUUUCAGUCGCGCGAACAGUUGCGCCCCUUUUAGUAGCGAUUAGAGCGCAUAGUGCAAGUAGUUUUUAACA